GUUGACUCGUUGGAAUAUGAAUAUGUUUUCCUAUUCUACCAUAGAAACUCCGAAAUAUGUCCGUUCCAACUCAUCGGACGAUAGAAAGCUGGACAGCACAACAACCCUCAUUGGUCAACAACCGAAUCAAACAACAACUUCUUCUCGUUCAUCAAAAGGCGAAAACAACAACUCAUUCAACCCCAACUGUUAUCCUUAUGAGGCACUGCAAUGUACAAGUGAAGGAGAAAUGAUAUCGUCAGCAGUGGAAAGUAUGCAUUCCGUGGAUGAAGAGACUCAGCGAGAUAACAAUAGACGUCGAAAACCUUAUGUUAUGAAAAAACCACGAGAAGUAUGGACUACAGAAGAACAUCAACGAUUCGUGGAAGCUGUCCAUUUGUAUCAUAGAGAUUGGAAACAAAUUGAGAAAUAUGUCGCAACAAAGAAUGUAUUACAAAUUCGAUCGCAUGCACAAAAGUAUUUUCACAAAGUUCAAAAAUAUCAAACGGGAGAAUAUGUACCACCUCCGAGACCCAAACGAAAAUAUUCUCAUACUAAACAACAACAACAACAAAGAGAAGAAGAAAAAUGUAUUUAUUCCUCUUCCUUACAAGAUGGAAUAUCUAAGAAUGAAAAUUUUGAUGAUUCAUUGUUGUUGUUAUCAUCUUCGAAUAACGAGGUUGAGAAUAACAGAGUACUUCCACAAGGUCCUGGACCUCCCAACAACUCUUCAGAGAUAAAGUUGGCCAAUCAUUUCAAGUGGAGAAAACAAGACAACUCUUCCAAUGAUAACUCUACUACUAGGUUUCAUUCAUAUGUUCAUCAACCUCUAUAUUCUUCGGUCAAUGGAUAUUCAUCAUGUGCAAUAUUUAACCCUACAAUGGAUACUUCAUUUCAGGUAAUGCCACAAGCUACAACAUAUAACAAACAAAAUAAUGGGAUGGAACAAGAGACUCAUCAUCAUUCUAAUGCAAUCAUUCCUUUGAAUAUGUAUCCCACAGCUGUUUGGAUACCUUCUACAUCUGGUUGGUGUCUUGUACCAGUUUAUCCAUAUCUAAAUAGUAAUCCUCACUAUGAUGGUAUGAAAUGGAAUGGUGGUAUGCCAAGUAUGGCUAGUUUUCCUUAUCAUCCAAGUUCAUCAUCAUUAGUAGAGUCCAAUUGUGAUGGGAAACUCACGACAACAAAUAAGCUUUUUCAAAAGGUUGACCAGGAAAUAUCAAUACAUUCAAAUGAUGAACCUUGUUCAGAUGUGGAAGUGCGUCAAAAUUGUGAUGGUUCGCAGAAUUCUUCAGAUCCUCGUUCCAAUAGCUCUUCUCCUCAUUCAUGUGAAAACAAGUGUUGUGAAGUUAACCCAACGUCACAACCUUCGACACAAAUGUCACAUUUAUUAUCAGUGGCUCUUCAGGAUUGGGUGGAAUGGAAUCAAGAAUAGAAGUUGGAAUAUUUUUUUUCUCUU